AUGCCUCCCAAGAAAGGCGCCACCAAUGAGCCGAAGAAGGCGAAGCCGUCUGUGGCGGACAAGACGUUCGGCAUGAAGAACAAGAAGGGAGGUGCCGCACAGAAACAGAUUCAGCAAAUCGCCGCCAGCACAGCAUCCGCAAAAGGUCCCGAAGCCAAGAAGAAGGAGGCCGAGAAGCUCGCACGAGAGAAGGAAAAGGCCGCUGCUGAAGCCGCUGCGAAGGAGGUCGCUGAUUUGUUCAAGCCGGUUCAGACACAAAAGAUUCCAUUCGGCGUCGAUCCUAAGACGAUUCUCUGCCAAUUCUACAAAAAGGGCCAUUGCGACAAGGGCAGGAAGUGUAAGUUCAGCCAUGACCUCAAUGUGGAGCGGAAACAAGAGAAGAAGAAUCUGUACACGGACAUGCGAGAGGGAGACGAAGAGGGCGAGGAGGACGGCAAGAAGAAGGACGACAUGGCAGACUGGGACGAAGAGAAGCUACGACAAGUCGUGAUGAGCAAGCACGGGAACCCGAAGACGACAACAGACAAGGUGUGCAAAUUCUUCAUCGAGGCUGUGGAGAAUGGAAAGUACGGCUGGUUCUGGAUAUGUCCGAAUGGUGGCGAUAAGUGCAUGUACAAGCACUCUCUCCCACCUGGGUUCGUGCUGAAGACGAAGGAGCAACGUGCGGCGGAGAAAGCGUUGAUGGAUAAGUCGCCGCUGAACACACUCACGUUGGAGGAUUUCCUGGAAAGCGAGAGACAUAAGUUGAGCGGGACGCUGACGCCUGUCACGCCGGAGACGUUCGCGAAGUGGAAGAAGGAGCGACUGGAUAAGAAGGCUGCGGAGGCUCAGGCACAGGCCAUGAAGGAGGCUACGGGUAGGGCGUUGUUCGAGAAGGGCGACUGGCAAGGAAGCGACUCCGAGGCGGAGAGUGAUGAUGACGAUGACGAUGAUGGAGGCUUCAAUCUGGAUGCGCUACGACGGGAGACCGAGGCUGCACGCGAGGAGAAGGAAGCAGAACGACUGGCUGCAUUGGGCGGUGGAGGGUCAUGA